CAUCAUGUUUCUUCAACCUCCAAGACAACCAUACUUAAUCCCCCAACCAUUCUUUCCCAGCCAUUUUUAUUACCAAAACUAUGAUCAAGUCCUUCAACCCUAUUUCGUGAACCCUUCUCAGACUCAAAUCUACGUCUGUGAUCCAUUCAUCUAUCAUGUCUUUCCAACAUAUUAUUUUCAGCGGCCGCCAAACCCACCCAUAAACCCUAGAGUACUUCCUCAGCCUCGAAGAAAUACUCGCCUUAAGCCAAAGAGGAACAUCGCUGCUACUACUUCUGGCGUUCGGAAAUGGGUGCCAAAAAGGAGAGAUGAGCAAGCUUCUACCUCUGUUAGGACUAGAAAUGUUCGGGAGGGUUCUUCUGUAAUUCCAUUUCCAACAAGUCCUUAUCAGCAAAUAACUUCGACUACGACAACCAUCAUGAUCAAGAACAUCCCAAAUCAGUUUGGGAGGAGUGAUCUACUAAGUAUGUUGAAAGAUCAUUGCUUGGAUGAGAACUUAAACGCUGUGUUGCGGUCUGAACCCAAGGAAAAAUCCGAGUUUGAUUUUCUCUACUUGCCUAUGGAUUUCAAGAAGUUUUGGGAAAAAGAAAGGAUCUCCAACCUGGGAUAUGCUUUCGUAAAUUUUACCUCGUCUAGUGCCGCACUCAGAUUCUAUAAGCAAUACCACAAAUUUGAGUGGCCAGUGCCGAAAAACAAAAAGAUAUGUGAGGUUACUUGCGCCAAAACCCAGGGCAAGGAAGCUUUAACCAAGAAAUUCAAGAACAAGAUAUUUUGGUGUCACAGCAAUGAGUACUUGCCGGUGAUUUUAGCACCUCCCUGUGAUGGUGUUAAGAACUCCGGUCUUGUAAUGGUCGGAAAACUUGCCGGGCAACCAAAGAUUCUGAAGAAGAAAUGAGCUAGCUAGUGAAUUCAGUUGUUUAAGAACGCUUCUUAAUUUGUGUUGAAUUAUUUGUAUAUAUGUUACUUAGU